AUUUUAAAUUAUUUUUUUAUGUAUCUUUUAUGUAUGUAUGUAAAUAUCUAUGGGGGGGGGGGGGCGCAUAACCUCUUGGACACGCUCGCAGGAUUUAUUCACAACUCCACGCUGAAGCGGAGAAACCACACGUGAUUGUGUACGUGUGUAAAUAAGUGUAGGUUGGUAGAGCAUAUCACACAUACUAGGAGCAAGCUUGUAGAUGAACAAGUUUUCUGCUUGAGAUUGCUCUGAUUCACUUGUCUGUGACAUAUCCUUGCCUGUGUCAUAUCAUUUGAAACAUCAUUAGUCGCACGACGAAUAUAAAUGUUAGCGCACUAAUAUCACAGUACCCAUACAUAUUUAAUUAGAGGUGGCCGUUAAUCAUGCUGCAGUACUAUAAGAUAAUAUACUCGUGCCUGUUCGUAGGCAGCCUGUUAUUCCUUGCGAUAGCUGUGAUACUCACAUGCAUAGGCACAUUCAAGGAAAUCCCACAGAUGUCAUAUGUAGCCAUAGGGAUCUACUUUGUAUUCUUCGGACUGUUUCAAACAGUGCUACACAUUGGGCACAAGGAACGUCCGCUCCUAUCAGGCCUCUUCGCAAUGAAGUACUUCAUGUCUAUGUUUGUCUUCGCCGGUGGCGUUUCUAUGACAACCAUGGGUAUGCUAACAGGGAAUUAUAUAGUUGCGGUGUGCUCGAUAGUGCUCUACGCAACAACUGCAGGCUUGAUGUGGUGGUCAGCGCUGGAGUGGAAAUUGGCUGCUAACGAUGUGAACCAAUUCUACGAGCAGGAGGAGUCUAGUAUGAACGUACCAGCAUAGGGUACGAUACAAUGGUGUGAUUGUCACAACAUAUCCCAAUGUCCCGACACAAAAUAUAUUGUACAUAUGUUAUUGUGCCAAUGUAUGACACAUCACCCCGAUAUAAGAUAUUCAUGGUAGCACCAGCAAGCAUAACAGUGACGUCGGCGUGUCUUUGCAAGAGUGCUAUGGAACACUAUAUCAGUAUGACUGUACCAUAUGUAUUAUCAAAAAGUACAUGCGCAGUGUUACAGAGGUCGUGAGCCACUGGCGGUCCAGGCGAGAACAAGAACUUUGUUUCGACUGCAGAAACGCAAUGUUGCAGAUGAAGCAGAACACUUACUCGAUACACAAACACCCCCCGGGUUUUAAAGCAAAUUGAGCUUGCAUUCUGUAGAGCUGACACGUUUGGAGUUUUCACUAUCGCACAUGAGGGGUGACCAAACAAAAGAUAUACUGCGGCUGAAACGCAGCAGAAUGCUUAUUUGGGCUUGAAAACUCUGCUCUGAUGUGUUGUAGAUUUGCGCUUGAACCAGAAAAGGACCUCACUUGUACAGUACAGUCUUGGGGAGGAUCUGAUAUGGUGAAAGGGGUUGUACAUUUAAACAGUUGUGCGAGUAGGAAUUUGGACUGUAUAGUAAAUAAAGAACUGUGCGUCGUACAUGACUGGCCGAGGAGCAAGAAAGGUAUCACGAGUUGUACUAUUUGUCUAUCUCUAAUGCCACAAUACACAUUGCAUGAGUAUAAUGGCUCUACUUCGCCUUAGUGGAUACGUCGCACUCGUUUUG